AUGCCCGCCGCCCUCUUGCCAAAGCUUUUCCAGCCCACCAAAGUUGGGACAUUCACCUUGUCCCACCGAGUGGUGCUAGCCCCCCUCGCGCGAUUCCGUGCAAACAAGGCGCACGUUCACGGUGAUCUAGCGGUGGAAUAUUACGCGCAGCGCGGGUCUGUGCCUGGUACGCUCCUGGUCACAGAGGCCACCGUCAUUGCCGCAAAGGCAGGAGGAUACGAUAACGUGCCUGGUAUCUGGAAUGAUGAACAAGUCGUGGCUUGGAAACGCGUUACAGACGCUGUUCACGCCAAGGGUUCACGCAUCUUCUGCCAACUGUGGGCCUUAGGCAGGGCUGCCACCCCGUCUGUCCUGGAGCAGGACGGCUUUGACGUCUGCUCUGCCUCCGACAUCCCUAUAGCCGAUGGGACGGCGAAACCCCGGCCGCUGACCAUCCCAGAGAUCCAUGAAUAUGUUCAACUGUACACUGCCGCCGCAACCAACGCCAUCCGUGCGGGCUUCGACGGCGUCGAGCUGCACGGCGCGAACGGGUAUCUCAUUGACCAAUUCCUGCAGGACGUGUCAAACAAGCGCACAGAUGAAUACGGUGGCUCUGUCGAGAACAGGUGCCGCUUCGCGUUCGAGAUCAUUGAGUCCGUAGUGAAAGCGAUCGGCGUAAACAAAGUCGCCAUUCGCCUGAGCCCCUGGAGCACGUUCCAGGACAUGGGCAUGAAAGACCCGAAGCCGACGUUCGCCUACCUUGUCUCACACAUC